AUGGCUUCCUCGAAUGGAAAUUUUCCAGCAUCUAUGCCCGUUCUCAAAGGCAAGAACUAUGAUGAUUGGUGUGUUCAGAUGAAGGUAAUCUUUCGAUUUCGAGAUGUGACAGAAGUGGUGCAAGAAGGGGUUCAAGAACUUGACAGGAACUCAACUGAUGCACAGAAGGUGGCUCACUGUGAUUUGAAGAAAAGAGAUGCAAAUGCGCUGUUCAUUAUUCAUCAGUGUGUAGAUGCAGAUAAUUUUCAGAAAAUUGGAUCUGUUGAUACUGCAAAGAAGGCAUGGGAUACUCUAGAGAAAUCCUAUGCAGGGGAUAGCAAACUCAAGAAGGUGAAGUUGCAGACCUUGAGAAGGCAGUAUGAAUUUCUACAAAUGAGUGGUCAAGAAAGCAUUGGUGAGUUUUUUUCUCAAAUCUUGGCAAUUACAAAUCAAAUGAAUGCUUAUGGUGACAAGCAAUCAGACUUGGGGAUCAUUGACAAGGUAUUAAGAACCUUGACACCAAGAUUCGAUCAUAUAGUGGUGGCAAUUGAGCAAGGCCAGAAUCUUGAAGAAAUGAAGAUUGAAGAACUGCAAGGAAUACUUGAAGCUCAAGAGAUGAGGCUCAAUGAAAGAAAUUCACAAAGAUCAGUUGAGCAAGCUAUGCAAGCCCAAAAAACCAAAGGGAACAACUAUGAUGGUGGCAAGAAUAAGAAGGGAAAGGGAAAGUGGAAGAACAAUAAGUGGAAAGGGGUCAGAAAUAAAAGGAUUCCAAGAAAUGCACAUGAGGCUCAAUUGACACAAGAUGAGGAUUCUGACUCUGAUAAAGUGUUACUAAUGGCAACAACAAACUCAGAAGAAGACAAUGUUAAUCUGUGGUAUCUUGACACAGGUUGUUCCAAUCACAUGACUGGACAUAGAGAGUGGUUUGUAAACAUUGAUGAUAAGGUGAAGAGCAAGAUCAAGUUUGCAGAUAACAGCUCUGUAACUGCAGAAGGCAUUGGAAAGUUGCUAGAAAAGGACUAUUCAAUGCAGAUGGAGGAUAGUUAA